CCACCUUCCCCGCCACCGUACGCGUAGCUCUCGGCCGACGGGCGCGCGCCAAGCCGCGGUCAGGCCCCACGCACCAGCGACACGGACCCGUGGGCCCGCCCCGCCGGUAUAGCGACGAACUGCCGGAGCUUUUCGCUCGAAAGGCCCAGGAGCCCUUUGCUUCCCGUCGACGUCCCGUCCUCCCCUUUUUGCCAAUCCGGCUCCGCCUCUCCCCACCACCGCUUCCCUCCGCUCCCUCCAUCGCCGCCCCCCACUCCACCACCAGCUUCCCGAACGCUCUCCGCUGAUGCUUCUCCGCCCCGUCCCCUCCCCGCCGCCGCCCCGCUUCCCCGCCGCCGCGGCCCGCAGGAGCGCCGCCCCAGCCACCGCGCCCUUCUUCCUCGUGCUGCGGCGCCGGCAGCGGCGGCGCCGCCACCGCCCGCACGCCCGCCUCCGCGCCUCCCUCUCCGACCUCCUCGCGAGCCUCCCGGCCUCGCUCGCGCUCGUCGGCCCCGCGGCGGCGGCCGCCGCGGCCGCCGUCGUCUCCUCCAUCGCCUCCCCGUCCUCCUACCUCCGGAGCGGCCUCCCACCCCCCAGCUCCCCCGAUCACGAGGACGACGCCGCGGCCGCCGGCGAGUGGAUCCUCUUCACCAGCCCGACGCCCUUCAACCGCUGCGUGCUGCUGCGGUGCCCGUCCGUGUCCUUCGAGGACGGGGGCGUGCUGCUCGACGGCGUCAACGAGCGCCUGCUCACCCAGGACCGCCACUACGUCAACCUCAGCCGGGGCAGCAUCCCCGCCGCGCCCGCCGGGCAGGGCGCCGGCGAGGUGUCCUACCAGCGCCUCUGCAUCCCCCUGGAGGACGGCGGGGUGAUCGCGCUUGACUGGCCUGCUAAUCUGGAUCUGGACAAGGAGCAUGGGCUCGAUUCCACGGUGCUCCUCGUGCCCGGCACCCCCGAGGGGAGCAUGGACAGGGGCAUCGAGAUGUUCGUGCUGGAUGCGCUCAAGAAUGGCUACUUCCCCAUUGUCAUGAACCCCAGAGGCUGCGGCGGAUCACCGCUUACUACACCAAGGUUAUUUACAGCGGCUGACAGUGAUGACAUCUGCACAACGAUCCGCUUUAUAAACAGCAAAAGGCCAUGGACGACAAUAAUGGGUGUUGGGUGGGGUUAUGGAGCCAAUAUGCUGACAAAGUACCUUGUGGAAGCUGGAGAGUCUACUCCUCUUACGGCUGCUGUUUGUAUCGACAAUCCUUUUGACCUACAGGAAGCAACAAGAACAUUUCCUCAUAAUAUCGCUCUUGAUCAAAAGCUCACAGCUGGCUUGGUUGAUAUUCUGCGUGCGAAUAAGGAACUCUUUCAAGGAAAAGAUAAAGACUUUGAUGUCCAAAAGGCUUUAUCGGCGAACUGUUUGCGUGACUUUGAUGGAGCAAUAUCCAUGGUUUCACAUGGGUUUGCUAAUGUUGAUGACUUCUAUUCGGAAAAUAGCGUGAGGCCUUUAGUUGCUGGUGUGAAAAUACCUGUACUCUUUAUACAGAGUGAUGAUGGGACUGUGCCACUUUUGUCAGUACCGCGCAGUUCAAUAUCAGAAAAUCCUUUUACCAGCCUUCUCCUUUGUUCUUGUGUACACUCAACUGGAUUCACCUUUGAGAGAUACACUGAAUUAUGGUGCCAGAAUCUUACCCUAGAGUGGUUGUCAGCAGUGGAGUUUGCUCUUCUUAAGGGUCGUCAUCCGCUUAUCAAAGAUGUGGAUAUCACUGUUAACCCAUCCAAAGGUCUAGCAUUCACCGUACCUCAACCGAAUGAUAAGAAGGUCCCCAAAGAUGACAAUUUUCAUGAGCAAGCUCAGUUUUUUCUCUCUAAUAAUUUUCCCCAUGGAAUAAAUGGGCUGCUCAAUGAUUCUGCAAAUGAAUAUUCUGGUGCUCAAAACAGCGAAAAUGGGCUGCUCACUGAUUCUGCAAAUGGAUGUUCUGGUGCUCAAAACAGCAAAAAUGGGUUGCCCACUGAUUCUGCAAAUGGAUAUUCUGGUGCUCAAAACAGUGAAAAUGGGCUGCUCACUGAUUCUGCAAAUGGAUAUUCUGGUGCUCAAAACAGCAAAAACAGGCUGUUAGAAGAUAAUGGUGACGUAGGCAGGAUACGCAAAGAGGCUGAUGAAGAGGAGCUAGAAGACAUUCCUGAAGAUGUUGAAAAAGGUCAUGUACUACAAUCAGCAGGUCUUGUGAUGAAUAUGCUGGAUGCUACAAUGCCCGGCACUCUGGAUGAUGAUCAAAAGAACAAGGUUAUGGUGGCAGUAGAACAAGGCGAAUCCCUUGUGAAAGCUCUAGAAGAAGCUGUACCUGAAGAUGUGCGUGAAAAGCUUACGUCGUCUGUGACUGAAAUUUUACAAUCUAAACGACACAAUUUCAAUUUGGAUGCAUUGAAGCGCGGCUGGACUAAUGCAAGAUCAACCACCAAGAGAGUGGUCCAAGAAAAGGUCAAAGAGUCAGAUCAUGAGAGUGGAGCUAAGGAUGCCAAAAUUAUUGACCAGAACAGGAGUAUUACAUCCAUUGGUGAGGGAGACCAAAAAGAUACUAAUCUGACCUCAAACAACAACAAUCCUGCUGAAGGUAUUGAUUUAUCACAAGCAAAGCCUUACCAAGCUUCUGGACCUGUAGGAACUGGAAUUGAAACGGGAAGUGAACAGACUCAACUCGAUAAAUCUGAGAAAGAUAACUCUGGAGUGAAUGAAAGCAGUGAAGAGAAGCAAGAGGCCGAUCAGGGCAGUGUAACAGAUCCAAAGCAUCUUUCCGAUGAUCCAUCAACAGCCAACUCAAACGGAACUCCCAGGGAGCGAGUGCAGUCGGCAGAUUCUACAGCAGAGCAGAAUCCAGAGUCCAAUAUGGUAGACAAGGAAGUUGAUGUAGUUCAUGCCAAUGAAGAUAAGGUUGCACUUAAUGUUGUUGAUCAGAGCACGCAAAUCUCUAAAACAGAAGAAUCUAAACAUCCGUCAGUUAAUAAUGUGAGACAGGCAUUAGAUGCCUUAACUGAUUUUGAUGACUCGACUCAAAUGGCUGUCAAUAGUGUGUUCGGAGUUAUUGAAAAUAUGAUUGACCAGUUUCAAAAGCACAAGGACUCUGAGGACAGGGAAAAAUCUGAUGGAGCCACCGAUAAACCUCCGGUGGAUGAGACACAGUCUGAUGUGAUGGUGGAUGUGGACAAUGAGUUAAGUAGAAAGGACAAAAAUCCAUCAUCAUCUGGUGAAUCACAACAUAAUACUUCUGUUAAAGCUCGUCCAAUCAUGUCUGAAGAUCAUAAUUUUAGUGAGAAAAAAUCUGAUUUGAACACUGUUCCACCUUUGAAAGGAAAAAUCAGAAGUUCUCAAAGAAAUAUACCUGGAAAUAAUGUUGAUGGUGAUGUUGCAAAGAUGGUGAGUGGCUCACCUGAUUACUUGUUGGAUGUAGCUGCCAGUUCUUAUCUGAAGGUGCAGUAUGCUUUGUACCUUCAUGAAUAUCUUACAAGACAACUGCAACUUCAGUCACCAGAUUUGAACUCGGCAACUGAUCUUUUCCUUGAUCCGCAAGAGGGUAAAUGGAAACUAGCAGAUCAAAUGGACAAUGUGCAAGGUGACAUUUCUAUAUCUGGAAAAUAUAGCUUCGUCAAUGAAGAGAUCAAGCAUGCAGAUUCCUCCCAAGCUCCACCUAGGACAGGCGAUGUUAUUUUGCCACCAUACUCAGCUCUGCGAAAUUUUGCAGACUCUGAAACCAAAAGGAAGGUAAUUGAGAAGUUGCCUGGUAAUGCUUUGAGACAGACACUCACAUACUUUAUUACUGAUGAGUUAACAAAUACUCUCAAAACUGAAGUUGGUCGCAGACUGGGGAUAACAAAAGCUGACAAACUUCAAAGAAGUCUUGCACAUGAUGUAGAACGACUCGCUACUCAAGUUUCUAGAACUAUUGUCCAUGACUCUGAGUUAUACAGAGCAACAUCUGUGCAGAGGAAUCCAACGACUGUGAAAUUUGGUGUGGUCCAUGGCGAAAAUGUUGUUGAAGCUGUAUCAACUGCAGUUCUGCGAUCUCAUGAUCUGAGAAAGGUUCUUCCAGUGGGUGUGAUAGUUGGUGUAACUCUAGCGUCCUUGAGAAACUACUUCCACGUUGGUGUUUCUAAGCAUGACAACCUUACAAAAGCUGCAGUCAAGUCAGGAAUUUUGGAUGAGGAUCUUAUUGUUCAGGAUGCCGGCGAAGGAAAUAUAGAUAAUCUUUCCACACAGAAAGAAGCAAAUGCUGAUCUUUGCACACAAAAAGAAACAAAUACAGAUCAUUAUAUCGAAAAACCCGGUGAGCACAAGCAACAGGAGAUAACAAAGUCAGAUGGUAAAGGCAUGAUGGUUGGGGCUGUAACGGCUGCCCUAGGUGCUUCUGCAUUCGUAGCACAUCAUCAACAAAAGAAUGCUGAAGAGCAUGAUAGCAUGGAUAGCACUCAGCAUAAUCUUGACGACACUGAACUGGAAAAGAGCCAGAACAACUUAGUGAGAAGCUUUGCUGAGAAAGCCAUGUCUGUUGCAGCUCCAGUGGUACCCAAGAAGGGUGGUGGUGAACUUGAUCACGAUAGGCUCGUUGCUGUUCUAGCUGAACUAGGGCAAAGAGGUGGAAUUUUGAAAUUUGUGGGGAAACUUGCUCUGCUCUGGGGAGGUAUUCGUGGUGCUUUGAGCUUGACUGACAGGCUCAUCUUGUUCUUACGUAUCAGCGAACGUAACUUAUUUCAGAGGAUCAUGGGAUUUUCCUUCAUGGUACUUGUUCUAUGGUCUCCUGUUGUGAUUCCUUUACUGCCAACUCUUGUUCAAAGCUGGACAAUAAGCGCUUCAACAGGAAUUGUUGGGGAUGCUUGCAUUAUUGGUCUGUAUGUCUCUAUAAUGAUACUUGUAAUGCUAUGGGGGAAAAGAAUACGUGGCUAUGAGAAUCCAGUUGAGCAAUAUGGGAUGAAUCUUGCAUCUUCAUCAAGGCUGCAAGAAUUUUUCCAAGGUCUUGUCGGAGGCGUGUCUGUCGUUUGGCUGGUGCAUUCGAUAAGCAUUUUACUUGGCUUUGCAACUUUUCGAGAAGGGACGCCUUCAUUCUUACCAUUUGAUCUUCUCAAAUCUUCAAGAAAUGUAUUGUUGCCAGCUCUUAGAGGGUUUAUCACAGCAACUAGCAUUUCUGUGGUGGAAGAAGUGGUUUUCAGAUCAUGGCUUCCAGAAGAAGUUGCAGUUGAUCUUGGUUACUACAAUGCUAUUCUGAUGUCUGGAGUUGCUUUUUCUCUGAUUCACCGGUCUCUACCUUCAGUACCAGGCUUUGUGCUACUUUCCCUGGUGCUUUUUGGGCUUAAGCAAAGAACGCAAGGGAAUCUCGCUGCACCGAUUGGCCUGCGAUCUGGAAUUAUGACUGCUAGUUAUCUCACACAAACCAGUCGCAUUAUUGCAUUCAAACCUGAAACUCCAUUCUGGAUGAUUAGUACCUAUCAUCUUCAUCCGUUUGAUGGUGCGAUUGGCUUAAGUAUUUGUGCAUUACUUGCGAUCCUUUUCUUCCCUCAGAGGCCUGUUCAGAAGGAUACAUCUGUGUCAUGAGAAUUGGGAGGACCCGCAAAAGUACUCUCUGAGGCCAGUUUCAACAAAGGUAUCACGUCUGCACAAAACGUGAGCACUGAAGGGUUGCUCCACUGUGUACUAUGUUAGCUCACAUUGCUGACGCACUGUAACUUGCUUGAAAAAGAGCACCCAGCUAGCCACUUGAUUACACCGAGGGGUGCUGCCGAUGGAUUGGAGCUGUGGGGGUUCAUACCCUUGGCAAAUUUGUAUACUACUCUUUUCUGUACUCUUGACAGAUGAACUCUGUUAUCGUCGUGGUAACAACAUAAACGUCAAGCAGGAAUGAUUUGUUUGGUUCAUCAUUAUAAGGUGGGGCAGUAUCGUAUAAACUACCAAGGAAGCUGGAUAUAUCUUGGAGAGAAACUAGCAGAUAUCAUAAUGUGAAGUCAAUACUUGUGCCAUUUGGUGGAGUAUGUGUGCUGACUGUCUUGACUUGUUUUAGAAAUACUUCAUGCUGACUAAUUGGUGUAUAGAGGGAGUAAUACUUUGCCUCAACUUCUCAUGUGCACGUCACACAAGUCGAUUCCUCGGGGCUUGGAGCAAGAACCUUUUGUCGAACAUGAAAGCUUCGACUUCACAUGGCUUUGGAGGCCAUUCUUCAUUUUGACCCGGCAACGAGAUACUUCCUACUAUCACAGGAAGAGAGACAUUCGGACCUGUUGUUCGGAGGGUUAUUGUGCUUGAAGUGAUGCAGAGAUCAAGGAAGAAGCAGUGUCCUUGGUAAAAGCAAUCUCAAAUUGACUAAAAAAUAACCUUCAUGAGGGAGAUGUUAGCACAAGAUUUUAUUGCAUCCACACAAAUGCAAGGCAGAAGAACUUCAUCCAUGGAUUGAGGCGUAAUAAUGGUUGGUGACAUCGCACAAGUGCUUGUAUUAAUAACCUUCACCUAGGGAGAUUUUCCCACAUCCACACAAAUGCAAGAAGGCGGAAGUACUUCAUCCACGGAUUGCCGAUUGUGGCAUGACAACGAUCGAUGACAUUGAACGAGGAAAACGGAACUAUGAAUGAAACCAUGGGAAGGGUUGCCUCUCACUAGACUGGUUUCAAUUGGGAGGUUCUAAACAUCAUGGGUAUCCUUGAUGGCAUUGACAAACCGUUUACCGAAUUCUUACGGCAUAAGCAAUUACCCUAUCAUAAGGCAUUGAGUCACACGGCUUCA